GUUUUUGUUACCUGUUGAAACCAAGUGUUUGUAUUUUGCAAAUUCUCUCACACCAAAUUACAGGAAAGAAGAGUAAGUGAAAGACUGUAAUCCUCCUGGAGCCACAAGAACUUUAAGCCAAGUCAAAAUGAACUACAAAAACAUUCUGCAAAAAGCUAAUAGAAAGAAGACUGAAGCCCAUCUAACUGGCGGGGGUCCACCACCACCUCCCCUCACCCCAUCUGAGGAGCUGGCUCUGUCCCUUAAUAAAGGGCGACCAGUGGUUACUGGCAUUCCAGGGGGCAGUUCAUCACACACACCAUGCACCACAAGUGAUGGUGAAAAAAUGGUGAAAUAUACUGAUGGACGUAUUGUAUUAUUGGACCCUCCAGAAAGAACACAGUCUGUCACAGUUGAUGAAGUUGAUGACGAUGAAGAGACCACAUCUGCUGUGACAGAAGUGGACAAUGCUGGUAGAUCCACUGAGUACAUACCUAGGGAUUUGCCCACAGAUGAGGGUCCUUCAACCUCAGCACACAAUCUAAGCAGGUUGCCAGCAAAGGAGCUGUAUAAGGUCCAUCUUCAAAAACAAAUAAGAAAAUGUAACAUGGAGAUGGACCUUAUACCGCUUCAAAUGGAAGAGAAAAGACUCCUCAUUAAAAAAGCAGCACUUGAAAUUGAAUUACUGGAGCAUCGCUUAAAGGGAAUAAAGAAAUAAACUGCCUGGCAGACCAGUGCAAAAAAAAUAAAAUAAAAGUAAUUUUGACAGAUCCCGCCUCUAAAAUCUGUAGGUGUUUCCCGGACCCCACGCAGACACUGAAACCGAGAUUUGAGGAUCCCUAUAGUCAUCUCCACCUUGGCCCGUGUUCGGCUGUGAGCCAGGUUAAACCGUGUCUGUGGUCCAUGCUCAGGUUCAGGGUAGGGUCAUUAAAUAGGGCAGACGAGGGUAGCCUCUGUCCCCCAGCAAGUAAUCAUUGUACUGUCCUGUAAUGAUUGAAGUGUACAACACAAAUAUAGUAAAAAGAAAAAAAAGAACAAUUGUCUAAAGCAAAACAUACCCUGCUGAAAUGUCUGGCAUAAUGAUGACUCGUUGAAAAUUCUGGCAUCAUGCACAGAUCCUGGCUAUUUUGCCUCGAAAUUGGUAAUGAUUUGGGUUGCCUCACAUAUUACCUAGUUAGUGGAAAAAGUAAUGACUUUAAUGAUUUUAAGAAGGGAAAAAAUAAAGUUGUUACCUGCACAUUGAUGCUAUGAAUAGAUUUCCUAUUAACAUAGUCUCCCUUAUUUAUUGGUGGAGCUUUAAUAGGAAUGUGAGUGCCAUCAAUGCACCCAAUUACAUUUGGAAACCCUGAAACAGAAAGUUAUGGAAGUAUGAAGUGUG